UGUAAGAGAAUGGGAGUUCUUUCUAUAUACUUGGUACUUCUGGAAUAAUUUACCUGAUUGAACUGUGGUUAUAAAGCGCAGCUGAAAAAGUAACGUAAACUGGCGUAAAAUAAUUAACGAAAUGGAGACAAUAUACAGUAUAUUCGGACUGGAGUGGAUGGACGGCACGAGUAUUUUGAUUUUUCUCUGUGUUUUUGUGUUGCUGACUGAUGUUUGGAAGAACAGAGUGCCGUCAAACUUUCCUCCUGGUCCGUGGGGUCUUCCUUUUCUUGGUGACCUGCAUCGCAUCGACCCCUCCAGACUACACCUGCAGUUCAAGGAGUUUGCAGAGAAAUAUGGAAAGAUUUUCAGCCUUCGUCUCUUUGGUGGAAGGGUUGUGGUCAUUAAUGGUUACAAGCAUGUGAGAGAGGCCCUGGUCCAAAGAGGAGAGGACUUCGUAGACCGACCUGUCAUACCACUUUUUGAACGUAUACUUGGGAAUAAAGGUCUGGUACUGUCAAAUGGCAAUCCAUGGAAGCAGCAGAGGAGAUUUGCUCUCCACACACUCCGAAACUUUGGUGUUGGCAAAAAGAGCCUGGAGCCAUCCAUCCAGCAGGAGUGCCAGUAUCUCACUGAGGCUUUUGCCCUUCACAAAGGCAAACCUUUAAAUGUGCAGUCACUGAUACACAAUGCUGUGUCCAAUGUCAUCUGCUGCCUGGUGUUUGGGGAACGCUUUGAGUACACUGACAAGCAGUACGAGGGUAUUCUUCAGAGCUUUAAUGAGAUGGUGCAGUUACAGGGAAGCUUGUGGGUACAGGUUUAUAACACAUUUCCCUGGUUGAUGAAGUGGCUGCCUGGACCUCACCAGAGGGUAUUCACUUUGGUACAAAUGAUAAUAGAUUUUGUUGAAAUCAAGGUCAAAGAACACAGAGAAAGUUUCGACCCGUCCUCACCAAGAGACUACAUUGACUGUUUCCUCACUGAGAUGGGAGAGACAGAGGAUGAAGAAUCUGGCUUUGAUUUGAAGAAUUUGUAUUUCUGCACUGUGGACCUGUUUGGUGCUGGAACUGAAACUACUACGAUUACCUUACGCUGGGGACUGCUGUACAUGAUCUACUACCCCGACAUACAAGAGAAAGUCCAGGCUGAGAUAGACACUGUCAUUGGUUCAUCCAGGCAGCCCUCUGUUACUGACAGAGAAAACGUUCCCUACACUAACGCGGUCAUCCAUGAAAUCCAGAGAAUGGCAAAUAUUAUUCCCCUCAACCUGGUCCGAACAGCAAGCAAGGACACAACACUCGACAAGUACACAAUUCCAAAGGGCACCAUUGUAAUGCCGACACUGGACUCUGUUCUCCAUGAUGAAUCAAUGUGGGAAACUCCACACUCCUUUAACCCUCAACAUUUUCUGGACCAGGAUGGCAAAUUUCGGAAGAGAGAGGCCUUCCUCCCUUUUUCAGCAGGUAAGCGUGUGUGUCUUGGGGAGCAGCUGGCCAGGAUGGAGUUAUUCCUCUUCUUCACCUCCCUCCUUCAGAGGUUUUCUUUCUCACCGCCCGUUGGAGAGCAGCCCACUCUGGAGUUCGAGUUGGGAGGCUCUCGCAGUCCCAAACCGUACCGCGUCUGUGCUGUAACACGAUGAAACACCAGCUGAGCCUUUUCUGUUUCUGUGUCUCACUGUGUUCCAAUACAUUCAUGUUGUAAUACAUGAAAAAUAUCUGCUGUGUUAUUUUGAAUUUUUCAAAUUUGCUGAUGUAAUGGUUAUAAAAAUCCUAUAAUUCAUUGCAGUGAUUGGUUAAAAAAAUAGAAUGCUGUAAUUCUGAAAGCACUGAAUGGAAAAAUACAAAUCUAAAAAAAUAUAUAUACAUAUAUAUAUAAAAAAUGCUUAAUAAUGUGCAUGAAAGGAUAAAGUAAAACUGUUAAGUUAGAAUUGCUGUAGACCAUUAUAAUAUUUAGUAAGAACAUGAUGCUCAAAAUGUAUUAUGAUCAGAUCAAUGUUAUCUGUAAUCCAUUGCUCUGGUCUUGUCAGUAAAGGAAGCUAAAUGAAUAAGUGGAAUAAGAUGAUCUGUGUUUAACAUGCAAUCUUAUUUACCUUCUUCAGUGUUCUGGAAAAUCCAUUUCAAGUUAUGUUUUGCAGUAUCCCCUUAGUUUUAAGUAACUGUCUGUAGUAUAUUGAUCUGUUUUUUGAUUGUUGAAGCAGGGGAACUAGAGUGGAUUUAGCUAAAGCUACACCACGUCGACUUCUUUUUCUCUGUUUACCCCCCCUUACAGGGACAUAACACUGAUACCUAAUAUGUGUUUAAAAAAAUGAUACUGAGAUUUGAUUUGUGCUUCUCAUUCAGACUGCUCUAUGUUCGUGUUCACACUGUGGUUUUACUGCGGUUUGGCAAGUGAUGAGGCGGGAGGUUGAACUGGUUGGUGAAUGUUAUGAACUCAAUGAGGUCUUCCUAAUGAUUUUGAUACAGAUUAUUUGCUGGUGAUUAGUUAAUGAACAAUCAACAUUGCAGUUAGCAAAAGUAAAGUAAAAGUAAAAAUUAAAAAUUUGUAAGGGCA